UCUUGUUGCUCUGAAACUGUAUACGAUUGUUGAUUUAAAAUAAAUUUUCAAAUAUUUUUACAUGUAUGAAUAUUUUUAUACUGUGUCUAUGACAAACACAUACAUAUUUGUUUACAUAAAUAUAUAUACAUAAAAACACCGCAUAAACAAGUUUGCAAAAUUACCUAGAUUUUAACCUAUAUGUGGAUGGAUUUUGAGAGAUAGAAUGACAGAAAACUCGGAAACUAAAAAGACUCGAAAUGCAACUUUGAAUAUUGGAGAUCGCUGUGAAAUUCUUCAUCGUCUUAGUAACGGCGAAGCUCCAAGUAAAUUAGCUGCCGAAUAUAAUGUUUCCAGACAAGCGAUUUCUAAGAUAAAAAAACGCGAGCAAUUUAUUUUAAAAGCUGAAAAUGUGCUCAAGAGUUGUGAUGGAGAUGUCACUAAAAAACGAUACAGAGCCACCGAGGAAAAUCCAUUGGAGCAACAGCUUUUCGAGUGGAUGAACGAGCAACGAAGAGCGGGAAUUCUCAUCUCGGGUCCAAUGAUUAAGAGGCAAGCUUUGCUACUUAAUAAGCACCUUGGAGGCAGAGAUACUUUUACAGCAAGUGACGGAUGGUUGGAUAGAUUCAAAAAACGACAUGCAUUCAAAGUAAGCCCUCCAGUAAAUAAUAAACCGCCGACAGAAUCUGUGGAUGUAAGUGAAGGUGAUGAUUUGUUACCAGACUUGGAUGGAACUAUUGAAGAUUUAAAUACAAUUAUUGAAAGUCAUGAGCAAGCUGCAGAAAUAAAUCUUGACUAUGUCUAUAGUUGUGAUGAAAAAGUUCUUUACUGGAAAUUAAUGCCAGAUGAAAUGUUACUUGGUAUAAAUAAUAAACCAAUGGCUAGUAGAAAGAAACCAAAAAAUAGAUUAACUAUUUUAUUUUGUACCAAUGCUUCAGGUACACAUAAAUUACCUUUACUGAUAAUAGGAAAAACAGCACAGCCACGUUGUUUUAAUAACAUAAAAAAUCUGCCAGUCUUUUAUGUAAAUCAAGAAAACGUUUGGAUGACUUCUGAUGUAAUGAGGUCGUGGUACAGCUCAGUUUUUUUACCAGAAAUAAAAAAGAAACAUAAUCUUGAUAAUAAUAAAGACAUUAAAAUAACUUUGAUUAUGGAUAAUGCUGACUGUCAUCCUUCUGCAGAAGAACUAAAUAGUUUAUGUGACUCAUGUAGGGUGCAGAUUUUACCUUCAAAUGUAGCACCACUACUACAACCUUUAGAUCAGAGUAUAAUAGAAAAAUUUAAAAGGUGUUACAGGAAGAUGUUGUUAGAAAAAAUCUUAGCUGAGGAUGUAUGUCACAGUGGUGAAAAUUUUCUUAAAACAUUUAAUCUGUUAGAUUGUUGCAAUUUAUGUGACUUUGCUUGGAGCAAAGUGAUGCCAGCGGACAUCAGAAGCUGCUGGAGAAAUGUCAGUUCUUUAGACGACGAAAUUUUUUCAAGUUCUGAAAUCGAACAAACUAGAAAUUUAAUUGAAUUAUCUUUGGUAUCCAAAGACUCUUUUGAAUUAUUUGAUGCCAGCGUAUUUAACUAUUUAUUUAGUAAAAUUCCAAAAUUCAGUGGAUUAUCUAUUGAUCAAGUUAAUAAUUGGCUCAAUGUAGACUCUGAUGAAAUCGGCUGGCAACCUCGCAGUAUUAAGGACAUUAUUUUAGGACAUUAUCCUGACAAUGAUGCUAAAGAUGCCGUUGAAGAACUGAACGAUCAGGUUUCAUAUGACGACCAAGAUUCUACAUCUGCAGACUCAAUGUUAGAUAAUAAUUGUCCGACUUUUGUUGAAGCGUUCAACGGUUUCAAUAUAUUUAUACGUUGGUAUCAAAAUAACUGCGAUAAUUCAAAUUCAAAUUUACAAGUAUUACAGGAAAUACAUCAGGAUCUAAUAGGAAAAAAAUUAACAUAAGUUUAUUAUAAAGAUAAUAUUAUUUAGUGUUUAGAAAAAAAAUACUUUUAUUUAUCUUUACCGAGUGUAAAGAUAAAAUUUGUUUAUUAAUUCUUAGAUUCUUACGCUUUUUACAAUUAAAAUUAUUGAUAAAUAAUCAAAUACUAGCGCAAUUUAAG